GCAUCAAAAUGUCAAACCCCAUUCUAUAUAUGGCCACAUUGAGCCCACCCUCUCGGGCUGUUAUGUUAACUGCCAAGGCUAUUGGUUUGGAACUGGAAUACAAAGUCGUCAAUUUACUGGCCGGUGAACAUCUGACACCCGAAUUUCUAAAAAUGAAUCCCCAACAUACCAUUCCCACCUUGGUGGAUGGUGAGGAUAUUAUCUAUGACUCUCAUGCCAUAUGCUGUUAUUUGGUUGACAAAUAUUCCGCCGCCGAUGACACCUUAUAUCCUAAAGAUUUGUUAAAACGUGCCCAAGUAAAUGCCCGCUUGCAUUUCGAUUCGGGUCAUUUGUUUGCUCGUCUACGUUUCCUCUUCGAACCGAUUUUAUUCUUUGGCUGCACCGAAGUUUCUGAAGAUAAAAUUGCCAAUCUUGUAAAAUGUUGGGAAAUUAUGGAAGGUUUCUUGCAAGAUCAUCCCUAUGUUUGUGGUGAUAACAUGACUAUUGCUGAUUUAUGCUGUGUGGCUACCAUUUCGUCGUGUAAUGAGGUGGUACCAAUUGAUGAAUCGAAAUUCCCCAAAUUUGCAGCAUGGUUUAAACGCAUCUCUCAGCUGCCAUACUAUAAGGAUACCAAUGAAGUUGGUGCCGAAGAAUUGAAGGCAAUUUUUAAAAUGAAAUUGGCUGAAAAUCGUGCAGCUCAAUAA